AUGGUGCCCAAACUCACAGGUCAAAUUCUUGCUCAAACAGUCAAGCAUUUCAUUAAAACCAAUAACUUAGACUCAAAACUAUGUGUGGGCAUUGGUACUGAUACGUGUAACCUAAUGUUAGGUGAACACAAGGGCGCUGUAAUGGAAUUGCAAAAAUGUUUGCCAAAUGCUAAAAAGCCCAUGCGCAAAUCAUGCCUUGAAUCUUUUGAUUUCAAAAAGCAGCAGUGUCCAAGCAGUAAGAAAUACUGUGUGUAUAAUGAAGGAAUUGUACAAGAAAGACGCGCAAAUUCCGAAAAACACUUUAGAAUACUAUUCGCAUCUAUAAUGAAAACACAUGAAACCCUGGAUAUUGAACCGACUGUGCCAAGAAUAACAAGCAGGCAAAUGAACAGACCGAACAUAGUUACGUCUGACAAGGAAAAUCAUUACAGACUGAACCUAUAUGUCCCUUUGCUAGAUAAUACUCAAUUCCAGCAUUCGGAUUCUUGUCAACCAUCUGCACAGCUGAUAAAAUGCAAAGAACACAAUUGGCAGGUGUUUAUCGAGGACAUGAAAUCUGAUAGUUCUCUUGCUCUAAAAUACAAGGGAGGACUGGCAGCUGAGACUCUAAAAGCAAUCAUACUGGCCAGUUGUCCAUGUACAUUUGAUAAAAUGUUCGUUGACAAAAAAAUUCAGAUUUUGCAAAUUCACCCGAUCGAAGGACCAUAUUAA